UGUUUGUGUUUGACCAACCAGCUCCAAAGACCGAAGCAUUCGAAGUCCCCCUGAAACCAAUCCACCGCCGCUCUUCACCGCCACGCCGGAGCUACCCCCCGCCGAAGUGCCCGCUUCCCGCUCUCCUCAUUCACCACCUUCGUCUCGCGGCACGCGCUUAUCUGAGGCAACAGCGGCCGCCUCCUGCCCCGCCGCGGAGCUAUACGUGGAGGCCGGCAUCCCCGUCGCUGCCCGCCCGUUCCCAGGCUACCCAGGGCAGAUUGAUCUCUGUAAUCUCUGAGGCGGAGAAGACCACCCCGAGGCCCAAACAGUCCGGGAACCGAUUGGGGCGCCGCUCGGCCGACGAUGUCGUCGAGCAGGUUCUCGCCGGUGCUGCAGGCGUCCGACCUCAACGACUUCAUCGCCCCGUCGCAGGACUGCAUCAUCUCCCUCAAUAAGAACACCUCCUCCUCCCGCCGCCUCCAGGGGUGUCAAAUCUUGAAAGGCAUGCAAAUUGGGUGUCAAAUAUCAAAAUCUGUUGCCAAGAAUCUACAACUUUGAAAGUGCUAAGGAUAUACCCAUGUACAUUUCUGCUAACAAUUAGCUUCACAUCUGCAUCGUUGGAACUUUAAAAAUCAGAAAGAAACUACAGUGAGCUCAAAACCUCCAGAGGAAGCAGUCAAGAUUUCACUAAAAGACUGUCUAGCAUGCAGUGGCUGUAUAACAUCAGCAGAGACGGUUAUGCUGGAGAAACAAAGCUUGAGUGACUUCAUUGAUCACAUAAACUCUGAUAAAGCUGUUAUUGUAUCUGUGUCUCCCCAGUCAAGAGCAUCACUAGCUGCAUUCUUCGGUCUUUCUCAGUCACAGGUUCUCAGAAAGCUGACUGCUUUGUUCAAGUCGAUUGGUGUAAAGGCUGUCUUUGACACAAGCUCGAGUCGAGAUCUAUCUCUUAUUGAAGCAUGCAAUGAAUUUGUUUCACGUUAUCAGAAAAACCAUUCAUGUAGUGGCCAAGAAGCUGGAGCCAAUCUUCCAAUGAUUUCAUCUGCAUGCCCGGGUUGGAUAUGCUAUGCUGAAAAGACUCUUGGUUCAUACAUCCUACCUUACAUCUCAUCUGUGAAGAGCCCGCAACAGGCAAUUGGUGCAGCCAUUAAGCACCAUGUGGUUGAUAAACUUGGUCUAAAGCCGUAUGAUGUUUAUCAUGUCACUGUGAUGCCCUGCUAUGACAAGAAGCUAGAGGCUGUCCGGGAUGAUUUCACUUUCUCAGUAGACGGUAAAGAGGUCAAAGAGGUGGAUUCAGUACUGACAACUGGUGAAGUGUUAGACUUGAUACAGUCCAAAUCUAUCGAUUUCAAGACAGUAGAGGAAUCUUCAUUGGACAGAUUGUUAACAAAUGUUGAUGAGGAAGGCCAUCUAUAUGGGGUUUCUGGAGGUUCUGGGGGCUAUGCAGAAACAGUCUUUCGCUAUGGAGCAAAUGUAAUUUACAAAAGAGAAAUAGAGGGUCCUCUUGACUUCAGAAUCUUGAGAAAUUCAGAUUUUCGUGAAAUUACAUUGGAGGUGGAGGGCAAACCUGUUUUGAAGUUUGCACUUUGUUAUGGAUUCAGGAACCUGCAGAAUAUUGUUAGGAAGAUUAAGAUGGGAAAAUGUGAAUAUCACUUUAUUGAAGUUAUGGCGUGCCCUUCAGGUUGUCUUAAUGGGGGAGGUCAAUUGAAGCCUGUUCAAGGCCAAUCUGCUAAGGAACUUAUCCAGCAAUUAGAGAGUGUGUACACACAAGAUAUAUCAAUAUCGGAUCCUUUCAGUAACCCUAUCGCGAAAAAACUAUAUGACGAAUGGCUGGGGCAACCUGGUUCAGAGAAUGCAAAGAAGUAUUUGCACACAGAAUAUCACCCAGUGGUGAAGAGUGUGGCCUCACAGUUACAGAACUGGUGAUAGAGGUUUCUUGUUGCACUGGGAACUCCUAUGUUCCUCAAGAGCCAAGAGGAACCUGCAAACCGAGCAAACAUGGCGACCUGUCCAUGCUAAGCAAAUAUGGAUCACACAAGAAUUAAACUUACUCAAGUUUUUUUGGCAUUAUGGCGAAGAAGUUUUGUUAACAUAUAGGUUUUCAGCUGCUUUCUAGUUAAAUGUUGUGCCAGGGAAACAACAGCUAAAUCGCAAUGUGUAAAAUGAACGAAGUAAUGUGUAAAAUAAACAACAGCUAAACAUGGCGACCUUUUCAUUGUCUGGUA